AUGAGCGCAAACUCAAAGCCAACGACGUCGUCCAACAAACUCAACGUCAAAGGAAACCGUCUGGGUCAUGAUAUCACGGCACCUACUAUUUCUUCUAUCGCUCGUUCUCACCCCCAUCCACCCCAUCCAGGUGGACAAGGACAAGGUCAUGGUCAUGUCGGUCGUCUCCCUGUCGUUCGUUCUCGUCUCAACGACUCUCAAUCCCUAACCGAUAACACUCAAGUAGUCCAAACCCAAACCCGAUCCCAGAGCCAGAGGUCGACCCAAACCCAGAGCCAGAGGCCGACCCAGAGCCAGACCCACCCACCCAAACACCUCACAACCCUCCCCACAUCAUCCCCGACCUUGUCCCGGGGGGACCACUACAUGCGCGAGCUGACCAGGGCCCGGUCCAAGAUCUUGGCGUUGGAAACGCGGCUUGCGAUGACCUCCAACCUCCAACCGACCAUCACCAAGCUCCAAGCGGAGAACAAGACCCUGAACACCCGGUUGAUCGCGCUCAAGGCGGAGAAUGAAGCGUUGGGUCUCGCUCUUCGUCAAGUCGACCACAGAGGAGGAGCCGCAGGCGACCACCGUGGAGCAGGAGGUGCAGGAGGUGCAGGCGACGACCAUAGAGCACGAGUCCGAGCAGGAGGUGUAGGAGCAGGUGCAGGAGGUGUAGGAGGUACAGGAGCUGGAGCAGGAGGUGGUGUAGGAGUGGGUGGAGCAGGAACAGGAGCAGGAGGAAACACGAAAAACGUCCAUCCGGCAGAGGGAGAAUGGUCGAGGAUGAUACUUGAGCUCCGGAACCAUCCCCGGUUCGUCGCCAUGACCGUGUCCAAGUCCAAGGAUGACGCUUGA